AUGGAGAUGGUGAUGGUGCUAUCCAUUCUCCAGCUGCUGCUGAAACUCUGUUCCAUUGGCUUUGUUUUCACAGUUCAAGGAUCUACCGGUUACAAUAUAUCUCCAGCUCCAGCAAUUUUUUCUGAUAUUCCUCCAAUAGAAGGAACGCCUGUUCCUCAACCCCAGCCAUUCAGAAGCAGUGCACCAAGCUCAGAGUCUCAGCCAAAUGGGUCAAAAUUACACCCUCCACUUAGUGCAUUACCGCCACUCACAUCUGCCCCAGUGCCCCAAACAAUCACAGGGCUUGUACCAUCAUAUUCCCCUAGUCCUCCAAUAGUAACAACACCGCAGAAUAGAGCUCCUCCUCCCUUGAUUUUUCAAGGACAUGUACCAUCCUUGUCACCAAGUAUUUCAGUUAUAUCUCCGAUGUAUAAUACAGCUCCUCCACCCACACUUAAUCAAGGGCAUGAACCACCCAAGCCACCAAAUGCUCAUCAAAGACAGGCACCAGUUAGGCAGACUCCUGUCUCUGUGUCAAGUGCACCAGCUGCAGCACCUUCAGGACAGUCACCAGAAAAUUCAACAGUCAGCCAAUCAAGUGCACCUGAUGCUUCAUCACCAAGUUCUCCCAAAAAAGAUAUAUCCUUCAGCAGGGCUCCCAUCCCAAAAUCAAUUGCUCCAGCUGUAUCUCCAUCAAGGAAAUCAAAAGAAAAUCAACCAGCAGUUCCCCCUAUUGCACCAGCAGCAAUGCCAUCUGCAGUUCCAGUUGUACCACCAAUAGGAGCAAUGCCACAAAAUUCAUCAGCAACCCACCCAGUUAUGCCUGGAGAAUCCCCUUCUACAUUAUCAGGUCCAAAUGUCUCCCAUUCCUCUGCUCCUACCCCAAGCAUUGACUAUAAAAAAGAAGGAAUUCCAGUUUCUGCACCGCCAAAUGAAACAUCCAAACCUUUACCUCCCUUGAGCCAUUCUCCAGCUAAAGCUCCUUCGAACAAAGCCACGAGGCACUCUAAUGAGUCUCCUGUUUCACCUUCGUCAUCCCCUAAACAUCCUCUAGAUAAGCAGUAUCACUCUUCUGUGCCUUCACCUUCUAUUCCAUUUCAUAAGAAGAGCCAUGAAAGGAGCAAAAUCAGUGACUCUGCUCCUGCAUCCCCUUAUCCAACACUUCCUCCCUCUUCAAUACAGCAAGGUCCAAAUGUCUCCCAUUCCUCUGCUCCUACCCCAAGCAUUGACUAUAAAAAAGAAGGAAUUCCAGUUUCUGCACCGCCAAAUGAAACACCCAAACCUUUACCUCCCUUGAGCCAUUCUCCAGCUAAAGCUCCUUCAAACAAAGCCACGAGGCACUCUAAUGAGUCUCCUGUUUCACCUUCGUCAUCCCCUAAACCUCCUUUAGAUAAGCAGUAUCACUCUUCAGUGCCUUCACCUUCUAUUCCAUUUCAUAAGAAGAACCAUGAAAGGAGCAAAAUCAGUGACUCUGCUCCUGCAUCCCCUUAUCCAACACUUCCUCCCUCUUCAAUACAGCAAGGUCCAGUCAUCCCCCCGUCAUUUCUUCCAACAAGAAGGCACAAACAAUAUGCUCCUCCACCCCUUAGUACUCCAGUGACCAAUUUCUCACCUCCUCCUUCUCCCUCUCCAAGUGCAGUAUCUGGCUGGACAAAAAUGCCAGUUCUUUCCCCUAAAGCUACCCCUGGGUUUUCUUCGAGGACUCCCAAGAUGCCCCCCCUGCCACCACUGCGCGCAUUGCCACCUCCACCACCUAAUGAAGGUAGACAGAUAUGUGCUUCUCUUACUUCGAAGUUUGUUUCUGUUGUCCCUAUAAUGUUCUUUAUCUUCCUAAAUGUAAUGCAUAGGCUCAUUGAAUCUGCAGAUUGUUCAGCAACAGUGUGCACAGAGCCAUUAGCAAAUACUCCUCCUGGGUCACCAUGUGGCUGUGUCUUGCCCAUGCAAGUAGGACUGAGUGUUAGUGUUGCACUGUAUACCUUUUUCCCUUUAGUUUCAGAGCUUGCUCAGGAAAUUGCUGCUGGCAUUUUUAUGAAACAAAGUCAAGUUCGGAUUAUUGCAGCCAAUGCUGCCAGCCAGCAGCCAGAGAAGACAAUUGUUCUUGUUGACUUGGUUCCCCUUGGAGAAAGAUUUGAUAAUACAACUGCCUUUUUGACUUAUCAAAGAUUUUGGCAUAAACAAGUGGUUAUAAACCCUUCCUAUUUUGGUGACUGUGAAGUAUUAUACGUGCGUUAUCUAGGUUUACCUCCAUCUCCACCAUUGGCACCCUCUGGAAUUGCUAUCAUUGAUGAUGGACCAUAUUCUGGGAACAACAACAAUACAAGGACAAUAAAGCCCCUAGGGGUUGAUGUACAUAGGAAGCAUAAAGCUGGGCUUGCUGGGGGCAUGAUUGCUAUUAUUGUUCUGUCAGGAUUUGUAGCCUUAGUUCUUUUCUCUUCUGUUGCUUGGGCAUUGCUGUUUAGACAUAGAGGCUGUGCAAGUCAACCAGAACCUGUCCUGCAGCCUUUGCCACCUUCAGUUGCGAAACCAUCUGGUAUUGCGGGGUCAUUGGUUGGAAGUGGCCUUAGUUCUGCCUCAUUGUCCUUUGGAUCUAGUAUUCCAGCAUAUACAGGAUCUGCCAAGACCUUCAGCACAAGUGACCUAGAGAGAGCCACCAAUAGCUUUAAUGCUUCAAGAAUACUUGGAGAGGGUGGCUUUGGGCGUGUUUACAGUGGCGUUCUAGAAGAUGGGACCAAAGUUGCUGUAAAAGUUCUAAAGAGAGAUGAUCAGCAAGGGGGUCGAGAAUUCUUGGCAGAGGUUGAGAUGCUUAGCCGCCUUCAUCACAGAAAUUUGGUCAAGUUGAUUGGAAUAUGCACAGAGGAACGUUCACGCAGCUUGGUCUAUGAACUGAUACCAAAUGGCAGUGUGGAAUCUCAUCUACAUGGGGUUGAUAAAGAAUCUGCUCCUCUUGAUUGGGAUGCUCGGAUCAAGAUAGCACUUGGUGCAGCUCGAGGAAGAAGACCGGUGGAUAUGUCCCAGCCACCUGGUCAAGAGAAUCUAGUUGCAUGGGCCCGUCCCCUUCUAACAAGUAAAGAAGGGCUGGAAAUAAUUAUUGAUCCGUCUCUAGGACCUGAUGCACCUUUUGAUAGUGUGGCCAAAGUAGCAGCUAUUGCAUCAAUGUGUGUCCAACCAGAGGUAUCACACCGUCCUUUUAUGGGUGAGGUUGUCCAGGCCUUAAAACUAGUAUCUAAUGAGUGUGAUGAGGCAAAAGAACUGGAUUCAAGAAGUUCGAGUGAAGGUUUAUCUAUUGACAUGGAUGCGGAGGUCAGUGCUAUCCCAGGACAGCUGUGGGAUUCUUUCCAACAUCACGCCUUAGUACCUCAUUAUGAUUCUGAGCCAGAUAUUGAAAGGGGACACUCAGUUUCAGAUUUUCUCAGUACAUCAGUCGGGAAUGGGAGGCAGGCCUCUGGAUCAUUGAGGAGAUGCUCUUCGGGUCCAUUGCAAACAGGAAGGGGCAGAGAGUUAUUGCGGAGAAUGAGAUUGAUAGGGGAAAGUGUAAGUGAACGUGGGAUCAUCUUCAAAAUGUGGCCAGCAAUAACACGAUGGUCUGAACUGUGGGAUAUAUAUGAAUUCAAUGGUGCAUCAGCAUAUUUCAUGCUUUUUAAGUCUGCCAGGCACCAGCAGCAGGAAAUUUCCUGUUUUCGCGUCUGGUUUCAUCCAUAUCGGUUUCCACAACUUAACGAGUCUUGUCCCUUGCCUAGUCCCGAUCUCAAUCUAACACUUGAUCGCAUUGUUCUUGAUCUUGGCCAACCUUUAGGUGUCUCAAACUCAAAGUUCCUCGGACCCGAUCUCGAUUAG